AUGGAGGAGAAACAGUCAUGCAAAACUGCCAGGAAGCCCAUUCAGUGCAAAGCUGCGGUGUGUCGGAAAGCAGGGGAGCCUCUGGUGAUAGAAGAAGUGAUAGUGGCCCCUCCAAAAGCUUUCGAAGUUCGCAUUCGUAUCAUAUGCACCUCUCUUUGUCACAGCGACAUCACCUUCUGGAAAAUGAAGGAUCCUCCUGCAUAUUUUCCGAGAAUAUUGGGUCAUGAAGCUAUCGGGGUUGUGGAGAGCAUUGGCGAUGAUGUACAUGAGUUAACAGAAGGAGACACUGUUAUCCCAAUAUUCUUACCAGAUUGUGGAGAAUGUACAGAUUGCAAAUCAAAGAAGAGCAAUAUCUGUUCAAAAUUUCCUUUCCAAGUCUCUCCUUGGAUGCAUAGAGAUGAAACGAGCCGAUUUACUGACCUUAAAGGAGAGACUUUAUACCAUUUCCUAUAUGUAUCAAGCUUCAGUGAGUAUACAGUGGUAGACAUAGCUCAUGUAACAAAGGUUGAUCCUGCUGUCCCCCCAAAUAGGGCAUGCCUCCUCAGUUGUGGAGUAUCAACUGGUGUAGGCGCUGCAUGGAGAAGUGCAAAUAUGGAAGCAGGAUCAACAGUAGCAAUUUUUGGGAUGGGGGCGAUUGGAUUAGCGGUUGCAGAGGGAGCAAGGCUAUGUGGAGCUACAAGAAUUAUUGGUGUGGAUGUAAACCCAGACAAAUUUGAUAUAGGGAAAAAAUUUGGAGUCACUGAUUUUGUGAACACUGGAAACUGUGGGAAUAAAUCUGUUAGCCAGGUGAUAAAUGAGAUGACUGAUGGGGGUGCAGACUAUUGCUUUGAAUGUGUUGGUUUGGCAUCCUUGGUGCAUGAAGCAUAUGCUUGCUGCAGAAAGGGUUGGGGCAAGACGAUUGUGUUGGGAGUGGACAAGCCAGGGGCACAGUUGACCUUCAGCUCUUUUGAAGUCCUUCAUUAUGGGAAAUCACUCAUUGGAUCCCUAUUUGGAGGUCUCAAACCUAAAUCCGAUGUCCCCAUCCUCGUUAAGCGUUACAUGGAUAAGGUAAUUCUGAAAUUAGCAAAUUCUUUUUCCUUGAAGUUAAUUUUCAAGCUUAUGAAGAGAUGCUACAUGAUUCGUGGAAAUGCUUUUUCCAUCUGUACCAAAGGUGUCAGAACAUUGUGA